CGCGUCUCCGUUUCUUAACUUCCAAAAUUCCCCCUCUUUCUCUCUCUCUCUCUCUCUCUCUCUCUCUCUCCACCCUUUUAUUGACUUCUGGCUUGCCUCAGAACAAACGGCAACGGCACAAAAGUCUAUGCCCAAUCGGAAACUCUCCUUCAACAUUCCGAUUUAUUAUGUGAGAUUCUUCCCUAUACCUUCUCCCUCUCAUUCCUUCAUUGGGCGUCAGAGAGACGCGCAGAGAGUUUCUCAUUUCAUCCUCACCAUCUAGGGUUUUUCUAAUCUCUACUGCCCCUUCAAGCUCCAUAGGAAGAUCUGAAACCAGGCAACAAGAUCGUCGUCUCGAUCAUCAAUCUCAGGGAUAAAUUGAUUGACAGAAUGCAUAGUCAUUAUUCUGUUCUUCCGAAGAGUUCAUUCGUAGAAAUUCAUGACGAUGUUUCUUCUGAGUAUAAUCAUGAUUCUUCUAACGUUGGUUCUUCUCAAAAGAACUUUGUAAAAUUGCUUCCAAUGAGAGAUGCAGAAGUCAACCACAUCGAUGAUGACGAUGAUAUCACAUUCAUGGUUAGCCAUGUCAAGAAUGAUGGAUCCGGAAUCCCUGGAGCCGUUUUCAAUCUCGCAACAUCAAUUAUUGGCGCUGGUAUUAUGGCCCUCCCUGCCACCAUGAAAGUCCUUGGGAUAGUUAUUGGACUUAUUAUGAUAGUUUUGAUGGGGAUCUUGUCGGAGAUCAGUAUUGAAUUACUUGUUCGGUUCUCUGUUCUUCGCAAGGCUCAUUCUUACGGUGAUGUUGUUCAGUCAGUGUUGGGUCGCCCUGCGAGGAUUUUGUGUGAGAUAUGUAUAAUUAUCAAUAAUGCAGGGGUUUUGGUAGUUUAUUUGAUAAUCAUGGGCGAUGUCAUGUCAGGUUCUCUGGAUCAUAUUGGGGUUUUUGAUCAGUGGCUAGGAAAUGGGUUUUGGGAUCACAGAAAGAUAGUCGUGUUAAUUAUUGUGGUGAUUUUUCUUGCUCCGCUUUGCUCUUUGGAGAAGAUUGAUUCCUUGAGCUUGAGUUCAGCUGCUUCAGUGGCUCUAGCUGUUGUUUUUGUUGUUGUUGCCAGUGUGAUAGCUUCUGUGAAGCUUGUUGAAGGACGGAUAGAACAACCAAGGCUGAGCCCAGACUUGGGGUCGAAGAAGGCGAUAAUGGAUCUGCUUGUAGUGAUCCCGAUAAUGACGAAUGCAUAUGUCUGUCACUUUAAUGUGCAGCCCAUCUAUAAUGAGCUGGAAGGUCGAUCACCUCAGAAGAUGAAUCGAGUAGGAAGGAUCACUACUGUUUUGUGUGUUUUGGUUUAUGCCACAACAGCUGUAUCGGGGUAUCUACUGUUUGGGAAAGAUACAGAAGCAGACGUGCUUACCAACUUUGAUAAGGACCUUGGGAUCCGUUUCAGUUCAGCCCUGAACUAUAUUGUUCGUGUUGGGUACAUUCUUCAUCUGGUGCUUGUCUUCCCUGUUAUCCACUUCUCCCUUAGGCAAACAGUGGAUGCCUUGGUGUUUGAGGGAUCAGAGCCUCUGUCGGGGAGCAGGAAGAGGUCAUUGGCCUUAACAGCGGUGUUGUUGUCGCUUAUCUACCUUGCUUCCACUAUGAUUCCCAGCAUUUGGACGGCUUUUAAGUUUACAGGGGCAACAACAGCAGUCUCAUUGGGUUUCAUAUUUCCAUCUCUGCUUGCAUUGAAGUUGAACCAGCAAGGGGAGGAAUUGAGCCAAGGAGAGAAGCGUUUGUCAUGGUUCAUGUUGGUAUUGGCAACAACAGUUAGUAUUGUAGGAGUAACUGGAAAUAUAUAUAGCCUCAACAGCCAAUCUGGAUGACACUUCGGGUUCGAUUUUUGAUAAUUUGUCGCUAGGUAAUCAAUCAGUUUAAGGAUUUGACACAGUUUGGAAAAAAAUAUUUCUCCACACUUCUGUUGAUUUUUUUAUGGCUCGUAAUCAAUCAGUUUAAGGAUUUGACAAAAAUAUUUCUCCACGCUUCUGUUGAUUUUGUUAUGGCUCUGAGUAGAAAAUUCACUAAGGAUAUUGGCUGGUGAUGGGAGAAAAUUAUCUUCUGCUUUUGACAUGGCUGUCAGGAGACUGGUGAGCUUUCCGAUUGUGCUGAAAAAUAUCGCUUGAUUCUUUCUGUGGAGGCCUUGUCUCCCAUUGAUGUUUUGCCUGGAGUUGUUAGAACAUAGUCACAAAAAUACGGAUAAAUCUAUGCUAGAGGGGGAGUUUCUUAUGGAGGCACAAUUGAGGGUAAGAUAUUUUGAUAAUGUGAUAGAUUUGUGCAGCAAUUGGGUUGGGUUUACAUUCUUCAGUCCACUUAAUAAUCUUCUUAAAUACAAACAGCCAUUAAUUGCAAAGGAGAAGUGUGCAAGGGUUCCUAUGGAGGCACCACCAAGUUUUGUAUUUUGUGGAAGUUAAAAUUUUAGGAACUGAUGUAGUUUAUAACUUUUUGAUAGAACAGUUUUAAGUUUUACAUUCUUCAGCCCCACUUUUCUUCAAUUUUAUGAUGCUGCAAGGAUGUUGCUAAUAAAUACUGAUAAAAGUUCUCUUCCAACUGGUUUCAAACAGGCCGUAAAUUAGUUGGGUCAGAUCAUUUGUUUUCUGAUUUAUGGGAUGUUGCUCAGUGUUUUGUCGGUUUAUAACUCUCACAUUUGGAUGGAUUGAAUUUAUCAUUUGUGUUGAGAUAUGCA